AAAAAACAUUCAAAUUUGGGCGUAUUUCUUUGUCUCUGAUGAUUGAUUUUGCCACUGAUGCGAUGCGAUGCGAUGCUAUGAAUAAAUGAAGAUCAAACCAAAAAAAAAUGAAUAGCCGUCAAAUAGCCGAAUCUAGCCAUAAUUAUCAACCUGGUGAUGUUAUAUUUCGUUUAAAUGAACCAUUAGUUUAUGUAACAAAAUAUGAACAUCGAUUGUUUACCUGUGAUCAAUGUAUGCGUUCAAUUGAUUCAUCUAUUGUUUGUCCUGGUUGUCAUAAAGUUUAUUAUUGUUCAAAUGAUUGCCAAAUGAAAGCAUGGUAUCGUUUACAUCGUAUUGAAUGUUCGAUAUUGGCUAAACGUGAACCAAUGCAAUUCGAAAAUCAAGGAAUCGAUUAUAUGCAACGUUUAACAUUACGUCUCUAUCUUUUAAUGACAUCCAAAGAUGAUAAUAAUGGUGAUAAAACAGGACUACAACGAUCAUUUACAUUACCACAUAAUGGCCAACAACGAAUUAUUGAUGAGAUGGAAACACAUUCAGAACAAUUAAAGGAUUCGGACCAAUUUCGUGGUAUUAUCAAUUAUUUUAAAUUCUAUCAAAUUGAUGAUUAUGAUGCUGAAUUAUUAUUACAAUGUUAUGGCCUAUUACAUGUGAAUAGUUUUGGUAUCGAUUGUUAUGAUACCGAUAAUCUUACUAUCGAUCAUCGUGGUUGUGGCCUAUAUAUAGAGGCAUCAGUUUUUGAUCAUAGCUGUAUGCCGAAUGCAUGUGCUGCUGGUGAUGGAUUGGCAUUAGAGAUUCGUGCCCUUCGUCCAAUUCGACCCGGUGACCUAAUCUAUUUGGAUUAUGUUCAAGAUAUUUUACCAAAAGAUCAACGUAUUAAACAUCUUGAAGAACGUUAUUUUUUCACCUGUAAAUGUAUUGGUGGAUGUGCCGAUAACAUCGAUAGUGAUGAUGAUCAUCAUAAUAAUGCAUUCGAUUCAAAUGUUGAUUUUAAACGCUACCGAGUAUUGGAUAAUCUAAUUGAAAGUCUUAAUCCAAACAACAACAACAACAACAACAAUGACGGCGAUGAUGAUGAUGGUGAAAAUUCGGAUGAUCUUGAUGAAGAUACAUGGCGACAAUUGUAUCAAUUAUGGACACAACGAUUAACCAUACAAGAAGAAUAUUAUCGUAAAUGUGUAUAUCAUCCAUGUUUGUCAUUAUUUUAUCAAUCAUUUUUAAGAUUUUUAAUAUUAAAUCAUCAUCGUUUCUGGAUGGAUGGUAUAGAAGCUGAAAUGAAUCGUGUAAUGGCAAAAACACGUGAACAUCUAGCCAUCACUCAUGGUAAUCAUCAUGAAUUCUAUCGAUGGACUGUUGGUAAUUUUGAUGGUUAAAAAUAAAAAAAUAUAACAUCAAACUUGAUGUUUGUUUUCAUUUUAUAAUAAUAAUAAUAAAAA